CACCUCCCUGUUCGUCAGGAACGUCGCGGACGCCACCAGAAAAUCUAAAGCAGUCCACAGUAGCUGGCAAGCGCCCCCCAGUUUGAACCAACCUGUUAGCUAGAAUCCAAGCAUAAACCGAGCAGGCGAGAAAAAAGGCACCUAAAGUUCAAGCAUCAAGGAGUAAAGAGGGAGGGUGGACACAGAUAUAAAGACCUGGAAGAGGGGAAGUCUUUAUCAAGCAAAAGACAAAGCCAACACCAGGUUGAGACUUCGGCUUUCCUACAUUUAUUCAAAGUUCCAGAGUCAAAGCCAAGUCUGAUUUUGUUGGUUCUUCGUCUCUUAUAAAGUCCAUCUUGCAAGCCUUAAAGAGUAAAGGUCAAGGUUCAAGAUCAAGUGACAUUGAGUAUCCUUAACAGCUAGUCAUAUUUGAAGAUGUUCGCGAUGCUGAAGAUGCUCUUUAUAACCUCAAUAGAAAAUGGGUAUGUGGCCGUCAAAUUGAAAUACAGUUUGCACAAGGUGAUCGAAAAACACCAGGCCAGAUGAAAUCAAAAGAACGUCACCCUUGUUCUCCAAGUGAUCAUAGGAGAUCAAGAAGCCCCAGCCAAAGGAGAACUCGAAGUAGAAGUUCUUCAUGGGGAAGAAAUAGGAGACGGUCUGAUAGCCUUAAAGAGUCUCGACACAGGCGGUUUUCUUAUAGCCAAUCUAAAUCUCGCUCCAAAUCACUACCAAGGCGGUCUACCUCAGCAAGGCAGUCAAGAACUCCAAGAAGGAAUUCUGGUUCUAGAGGACGGUCAAGGUCCAAGUCCUUACCAAAAAGGUCCAAGUCAAUUGGAAAAUCACAAUCAAGUUCACCUCAAAAGCAGACUAGCUCAGGAACAAAAUCAAGAUCACAUGGAAGACAUUCUGACUCCAUAGCAAGAUCCCCCUGUAAAUCUCCCAAGGGGUAUACCAAUUCUGAAGUUAAAGCACAAACAGCAAAACACUCUCAUUUUCGAUCACAUUCCAGAUCUCGGAGUUAUCGUCAUAAAAACAGCUGGUGAACAGCCACAGAAGAGUGCUACAUAGUCUUGAAUGUGUUAUUAAACCUCUCAUUAUGUUAAAUAAAAAUUCUUCAAGGCUUAUAGAAAAUGUGAGUUACUUUGGGCAUGUGCAACAAAUAAAAUCUCUAGUUUUGGGGUAAUAAAGACUUGGUCUCCAUUGAAAGGGCCCAUACCACAAA